AUGGCGUUCAACAACCGCGCCCGCGAAGCAAAUGCCCAAAGGAACCGCUACAGAGAAGGCCUUCAGCUGAGACCACUGAACGUGGAAAAGGGAGACGAACGAUACCCUUUAGCAGAAGAUAUCUCUCCUCCUCGGAUCUCUCACUGGCGCUGCAACCUGACCGCACUCUCUCAGCGGCGCAAUCUAUUGUUUGUUGCAUGCAGCAACCAAAUCUAUGUAUGGGAGCCCUCCGGGGCCUCACAGAGAUUGGGCAUUAAGCCUGAAAUGAUCAUAACGCCUGUCAUGAAAGAACCUUAUGCCGAAGGUUAUAUUGAGCCAACAUCUCCCCAUGAGAUUAACAGUAUCCUCGUGGACGAUCUGGGCCGCGAGGAGGUUUUGUUAUUAGUCACCGAUUCAGGCAACAUUUGCGGUUACCGUGUUGAGGCUGUCUUCUCAGCUUUGAAAAGAGCGACAGAGGAUGGGAAGACCAAACCUUCGAAUGGAGCAGAAGUGGACCCUUUCUUCAUCGAAUUUGUUGGCGAAAGUGCCUGGGGCUUAGCCAUCCACAAGUUCGCUCGCUUGAUUGCGGUAUCCGCAAAUACGGGACUUGUGACCGUUUUUGCCUUUGCACUUGUUGAUUCAACAGCAGACAAGGGAGACGGUUCAUUUAAUGAAUUAGAAGAGGACAAUGAGUUCACUGAAUAUAGUCAAACCUGGCUACAUAUCCGGACCCAAGAUCAGCUCACCCAAAUACGACGUUUGAUGCCAGAGAAGCAUCGCACUCGAAAUAUCAAACUGACGUACACUGGCCAUUUCACUAAUAUACCAGCUGUCGGGUUUCUCAAUUCAGAUUUCGACCCUAAUGGAGUAUGGAUGGUUAGCACAGAUAUUGAGAAUAGGGUGGUGAUUUGGAAAAUUUGGGAAAGUCUUGGGCCCUUCAACAGAAUGCAACUUAAUAGGGCGUCUCUGAGUACGUCCAUGGACUACCAUUGGGGCAAUGACCGCGGGUGGUCAGUUAUAGCCCUUGACCCGCGCACAUUCCAUCUAGUGGAUUCUGAGGAAGAGGCGUGUGGUGGUAAACCACAACGGCGUCUGAGGGACGAACGAAAUAUCCUUGAUUUAACGAGUCUCACCAACAGACUCCCAGAUACAUCACGUCUCUACAACCAUUUUCCGCCUGCUGUUAAAACCGAGCCUGAGGAAACCCUCUUGCCCGAUUUCUUUGGAGCAGAUUGCCGUGUUUCUGGGAGCAGUAACAUCCAAGAAAAGCAUGACAUGCGGGAAGAUCAAUCUCCGAAAGAUUAUCGCUCUGGCGAACCCGCAGAUGAGUUAAGUCAGCAGGCUGUAGAUGGCUCCUUUUCUGCAGGUAGCAUGAACGAGGAUAGCACUCCUGAUACAGACCAAGAUCCAGCAGACAACCAACAGGCCCCAGGUGAUCACGGGCUCCUGCAGGCUCUUGUCGACCCUAAUGGCUUUGGUUCUACUGGCCAAUUUCGUGCUCCUGGCCACGAGCCGUUGACUACGCCCGAAUUCCUUCAAUUUGCGCUUCUUGAAGCAUUAGGUGGCGAUGUCCAUGAAGUUGAAGCGCUCCUUGGCGAGAAUCUAGCUCAUGACUCGGAGUCGGAUGAGGAUGAGGAUAUGGACUACCUUCAGAAUCAAGAAACGGUAGAUGCAGAUGAUGACGAUGCUUCCCGCAGCGAGGACGGAUCCGAAGAAGAUGCGUACCAAGCCCUUGAUCCUCCGGCAAACGCAAACUUCCCUAUCCUCCACUUUUCCCAUACAGACAUUCAUCUCAUUCCCCAUCCCUUCGCCAUGGCACCCAGCGUUCUCUGUGGCGGGCCACUUUCUCAGCGCCUCACCCAUCCUAUAAUUUCAAUCCGCGGGCUCGACCGCUUCAACAUGAUCAAAUACAUCCCGGAACAUGGCAUCGUUGUCGCCGCCUCCCAGAAGGGACGCGCAGCCAUCAUUUCCCUCACCGAGUCCAGAGCCACCGGCCGGUCAUUCCGAGUAGACUGGAUCGUCCCUUUCGAAAGCCAAGAGAAAUACGGCGAACGCCCUCUCGUCCGCCUCCUAGGCAUGAGCGUCAGCCCCAUGCAGGGAUUCGAAAUCCCCGCCGAUGUCCCAUAUAUCCCGCGGAUCUCAGAAUCCGAUGGUAGCGGUAACGAUAUCGGCAGCCUCCUAUUCCAAUAUAAAGACGCUACGGAUAACACUUCCUCGCCCACACCAACCAGCACCUCAGGAGAUAUUGACAGUAACAACGAUGGCACUCAGAGCAAGAUGGAAGACAAUGACCGGACGCGUCUCCCCCAGGCCAACCAUCUAACCGUUCCAGAGUGCCACGCACGCGCAACUCGUGCCUACCAACCCGAGGAAAGUUGGCGGGGCUGGAACCCGUCUCGUCGGUAUAGGCUCCUGCUCAUGUAUGCAGACCAUACAAUGAUGAGCUAUGAAUUCUGGUAUACCUGGAAUGCCACGUCUUCUGGUGGGGGUACUGUUGGCGAUGGUGCUAAUGGGGCUGGUGGUGAGGACGACUACCUUAUUCUUUGA